AUGCUGUACUUCAAGAUGGCCACGACAUUGCCAGCCCCCGUAAACCUGGCGGUCACAUCCGUGUCAUUGAAAUCUGUUCAGCUUACCUGGGACAUGCCUUACGUCGAAACAGCAGACGCUCUCCCGAUUACCCAGUACGUCGUUCAGAUGGCCAUGGAGCCAAGCUACACCGGUUGGUUUGAUGUUCAAAACUCACCUGCUGACAACACGGCGUACAGUAUUCUGGUGACGCAGUUGGAGCCUGACUUUCGCUACGCCCUUCGCGUGCUGGCGAACUCAGAGAACGGGCUGGGUACCGCUUCCGAGUCGCUCUACUUCUGGGCCGGGCUGCUGCCAAACGAAGGGCCGCGCCUUGUUCAGCGCGUUGAGUCUGAAGAAGCCACCAUCAAGAUUCAGUGGGAGCGGCCAGGUGGUGCGAUGCUUGGCACAGGCACACGAAUGGAAGCGGUCACCACGGAUUGGGGAGUGCGCGGCUAUAUGUGGGAUCCUGCUGUCGAAGAACCUAGACUUGUUUAUGAUGGCCUGGGACAUGCUGAAAUUGUGCAAUUCACGGUAGCCAACGCAACCUGUGGGGGGAGCUACAAGAUCGCCCUGAGCUGUGUUACGACCAUCGGCGAGGGCCCUCUUUCCACAGUCUUGGACGUGACCAAUGCAAAGCUGCCUGGCGUACCUCGCAAUGUGGUCGUAACCAACACGACCACAUCAUCCAUCUCGAUCGCUUGGGAAGAGCCGGAAGACACAGGAUGCGUCCCCAUCUACCAGUACAGAAUCCUGCGCUAUUAUCCAGAAGCUGGCUUCAGAGUUGUGGGCUAUGCCAGCCCUGCUGAUGGUGUGCUGCAGGUGCCAGCCAACCGCAUGUAUGUGGACGACGGGCGUUGCUUCUUUGCCAAUCCAGCAGAUGAUGACGGCUCAUGCUCGUGUCCACCAUCGUGUUUGCAAGCAGGACAACUUUACCGAUACCAGGUUCAAGCCUGUGUCUUGGGUGCCUAUGGUGUGGACACGCUGGAACUGGCCGAGGGCCCGCUUGGCUGCGGUCCAAACUCCAACACCGUCUCUGCAUAUGCCGCAGACCUUUCGGACCCCCCGCGCGAUAUCCGUUUAGGUGAGCCUGAGGGGAGCGAGAUUUUGCUGUGGCCUGGCAGCAUGGAGAAGUUUCAGUCAUGUGCCCCAGUUCCUUUGGAGAGCUCGGAGAUGUACAGUAUCAGCACGCGCUGGCAACACCAAGACUGUAGCUACUUGCAGAACGUUGCUUAUGAUUCAAAAUUUCAGCAACACGAAGAGGACUGUCAGCAAGUGGCAUCCAAAGGUACUGGACGGCCCCCAUCACGGAUGGCCUGA